GCGAACAUGAACGCCAACACGCAGGUCCUCGAGCUGGAUGUUGAAGGCAGGCAGGUGGACGAGGCAGUUCUAAGCCUUUUCCACACGCUACUUUUCCAUCGAUCAACGGGCAAAUUCCACUAUAAAAAUGAUGACACAUACGCCGUGGGAACCAUAGGCUUCCAAGAUGUGGACUGCGAUUUUAUUGAUUUCACCUACGUUGCUUUGGAAUUCUAUCAACGAAAACGAGGCAGAUGGCCUUUUGCAACAGAAAGCAUUCCAUGGGAAGUUUGGACGCUUAGAAUCAAUGUAGUUUCUCUCAACAAUGAACAUGAACGUCAGAUAUGGCGGGAAAGGGUCGGAGAUUCCCUCGGAGAACGGUUGCUACACAUAACGGACACACUAAACCGGCAUGACUACAUCCCCUCGCCUCCAAACCAAGCAGAAAUAGACUUGAUCUAUGAUACAGCCUACCCUGAUGUCCAGCCUUUUCUAUUCAAAAUCAACUACAGCGUCUCGGCCCCAACAAACCCUUCUGCCACGACUACAAUCAAGAAACUUAUUCGAGACACGUUGGCUCUCACUUAACAGUGGCUCCCCUCUAGGUUCAUGCUACAGUGCUGCUGUGCUGAAGAUGGAAAAUUGAUAACAAAAAUAGUCCCAUUAACUUUGUUACUCUGAAAAAAAAGGAAAAAAAAGGAAAAGAAAAGAAAAGAAAAAAAAAAGGCUUAUGAUAUGCGCUAGAGUGAGAAAGUUAAUCGUCCAAUGAAAUACUGGUAUGUGAUCUGAUGGUGGGGACAACACCAAGACAUUGUCAGAAAUUAGUGAGAUGUUUAAUAUUUAUAUAUAGGUGCCGGUAUUUCCACAAGAUCAAACACUGCUAAUAUAUUGAUACUGACAUAUUCACCCUAAGACGUAGAUUAUACUAUUGCUUCUAGAUAUUUUUUUAUUCCAAAAAAUGAGAUGAAUAUAGUUGUAUAUAAUACUUGUACCUGCCUUCUAGAUAUUUUCAGCAGGUGCUGCAAUGCUGCAAAUUUUCACUUUAUAAGUCACAAAGUAGGUUUAUUAUAAGAACAUAAAUGGUAGUUCCAAACUCACCAACGUCAUCAUAGAACGCCCAUCUUCUCUCUAUUGUUGCUGUGCGUACGUCUGGAGCACUGUUAACCAGAUUUUUUUUAUGGAGUUUCUGCCACAUUAUCCAUUUUGGUUUACUGGGAUUCACAAUCAGAGUGAAGCCGAGGUGGUGACAGGCGAUUAUGGAAUUUAAGAGGAAUAUUUGUACUCGGAGAUACAGGCUGAAAAUCUCUCCUUACUGGACCUAGGCAGCAAAGCUUUAUUAUACAGAAUUCUAUAUUAACUGUGUCUUCUGGUGGAGGGAUUUUCAAACUGGUAUCGUCUGUGCGAGCAUUGAAGUAUUUAUACCAUAUGGUUUAAUUUUUUCCUCGAAGCAUUUUUGGUUGGCAGUUGUAUCCCAGUCUGCUGAUAUAAGGGGGUUGCUACAGAAUUGUGUAUUGGACGGCAUGUACAUGUUUAAAAAGUUGAGACAUCCCUUACGCUGCUUAAAUGUUGCUUCUUUGCCAUGAUGUUAGGAUAGUACUGUUGCACUGUAGAGUAAUUGGGAAAAUAGGGGAGGUCAUAUACCAGAUCCACAUUGGUUGGAUAUAAACAUGAUGAUAUUGGGUAAAUGUAAACACAAUGCAUUUUUGUGUUCUCUCUCUCUCUCUCUCUCUCUCUCUCUCUCUCUCUCUCUCUCUCUCUCUCUCUCUCUCUCUCUCUCUCUCUCUCUCUCUCUCUCUCUCUCUCUCUCUCUCUCUCUCUCUUUCUCUCUCCCUCUUUCUCUCUCUCUCUCUCUCUUUCUUUUUUCUUCCUUAUAUAAAUAUAUGUGUAUGUGUGUGUUUAUUUAUUUAUUUAUUUAGAUAUUUUUAUAUUCACAUACACAUACAUAUAUAUACAUAUAUACAUACAUACACAUUUACUUACAUACAUGCAUGCAUUCAUACAAUCAUACAUACAUACAUACAUACAUGCAUACAUAAUUACAUACACAUUUACAAAAAAUGCUAGGUAUUCAGUUAUAUCUGGUAAUUGUUUAUCUGAUAUGAAAAUGUUGAAUAUAUUAAAAGGGACAUCUAAAGGUGUGUCUACAGUACAUGAAACAUUUGAAAGUGGAUAUUGUUAUAUUUGAUGUUUACAUAAUAAUAAAAUGUGCCAAAUAUCUCCCCUUUGUCAUGUGUAAUAUUGUAUGAAACCACUUACAUUUGUUAUCAGUACCUUUGUUAAUGGGCAGUGAUUGUUGGUUUGUUGUUAGGAUUACAACUUUGUGCUAAGACUAACAUUAUGGCAUAGAAAGUUUCACAGUUAUGAGGUACCUAGAGAGUUUGCAAGGUGGUGUGUGUACAGUAUCUCCAUAGGAAAAAAAGAUAUUCAUGUACCAUAGAUAAAGCUGGUUGUACACAUUUAUAUUACUAAAGGAAAAGGACAUACUGGGUAUGUGUGAGCAACUGUGUUAUCAGAGCAUUGACUGCUUGAUAGUGAUAUCCAGAAUAUGUAAGUUUAUUUAUUAAUCACUGCCUCUGGAUAAAUCUCAGAAUCUGUAUAUACACAAGUACAACAGUUGCAGCAUGUACUGAUGAAGUUAAAAAGGGUCUUUGUCAAUGUUCCUGACAGUUGUUUUGGAAAUAAAGUAUGGAUAUGGAAUACAUGUAUUUCUUGAGUUUGGCUAUGGAGUAGUUAUAUUUCUCUGUUAAUCAUCUUUGGAAUAAUGCUUUGUUAUCUUGAGAGGGUUUAUGCAUUGGUGUGAACCAUGCUUUUAUUGGGUUAGGUAAGAACAUGCUCUCUCAUGAAAUAUGUGGAAAUGGUAUUUUUUCUGGGCUUUGGAAAGCAAGAAGAUUGACAGAUAGUAAAGGAUGGAAAUGCAAUUGUGCAUUUGCCAAGACUUAAUUUUUCAGAAAAAUGAAAGUCGGCUCAGUGCAAUCUAGGAGCCAAUUAUAUUCAGUGCUGAUGAAGAAAAUCUAAAUCUAAUUUUUGCCUUAAGUUUUGAGGAUUUGUUAAGUUCACAAUAUAUGUUAAAAGUAAUUGUAACAACACAUGUUUUACUUCAUGCUACAAAAUCUAUGAAAAAAAAAUCUCGUGUCAUCAUUUCAGUUUAGUUUUUUCUUUUACUUUCAGUAUUGUAUGUAAUCAGUUAUACCGCAUGACAUAUGUGUUUUGUGUAGAUUAAAUCUUUUCUUAAGCCGACGCUGACAGGCCACGCCUAUCGGUGUCAUGACAAACCACUCGGUCUGCGGGGUAUGGCUGUAUGCCGUGGCUACACGCCUAAACCCUUGGAGCGGAACAUUCGGCUUGGUGUAGCAGACGCCUGGACCCAAUGUCUGUUCAUUGCCGCUAAUCUCCAGAGUGUAAAAUGUUUAUUUAUUUUCUUCACCCGUCAGCGUUGGGUUAAGAAAUAGCAUAUCGUGUGAGCUACUAUGAAUUAGCGAGAAGAUUUCUGUUAUAUACAUUAAGAGGUUUUCAAGAAAGAUUUUUUAUUAUUUUUGAUAUUAUUGUUUAUUUGUUUAUUUAUUUUAUUUAUUCAUAUAUUUAUUUUGAAGAAUAAGGAGACACUUUAGAGGAGGAUGAACAGAACUACACUGUGCAACAUACGAAUUUUAUGUUUUGUGAUUGGCAAAUGAGUGUUUUACUUCACAUUAAUUUUGAUUAAUGCUCCAUGUUAAUUCUGUAAUACAGCAAGCAUAACUUUUGAUUAUUAAUGGUAAUUUAAACCAGCAUUGGCAUUUUUUGAUACUGAUAUCUGCAACGAGAAUGUUAGGUAAUAGUUGGUAGUAUUUUCUGUUCCACUCUGAAAUUAUCAUAGGUGUACACACACACACACACACACACACACACACACACACACACACACACACACACACACACACACACACACACACACACACACACACACACACACACACACACACACACACACACACACUCACACACUCACACACUCACUCACUCACUCACUCACUCACUCACUCACUCACACACUCACACACUCACACACUCACACACACAUAUAUACAUUUAUAAAUACAGAUACAUACAUAUAUAUGUGUGUGUAUGUAUGUAUGUAUGUAUGUAUGUAUAUGUACGUGUGUAUGUAUAUGUACGCAUGUAUGUAUGUAUGUAUGUAUGUAUGUAUGUAUGUAUGCAUGUAUGCAUUUGGACAGAGGGGAAGAUUAAGCAGUGUGUGCAUAAUACCAUAUGUAAGCUAACUCUGAGAAAACUAUGCAUCUCCAGCAAAGAGAGUACAGGGAAAUGAUGCAAUUGAUUGAUGAUGCAUUGGGUGGUUUUAGCCUAAAUGUUUUUUUUCUUUCUUUCUUUCUUUCUUUACUUUACUUUACUUUUUCUUUCAUUCUUUUACUUUGAUUUUAACUUUUAUUUUUACUUUUACUUUUACUUGGCUUGUUUGGCAAAUAUUUCUCCAUCAUCCAUCAUAUAAAUAAUUGUGGAUUAUGUUAAGGGAAUGAAAACAGCUUUGUAUAAUGGAGGAGGAUUUUUUUUAAAUUCUAAUUGAAACCAAAAUAGAAUUUUUUAAAAAAUAGAUAUGUAUUUUCUGUUUAUUUUCCUUAAAACCAUUAUUCAUUCAUCAUAUUAGGUGGAAGGUUAGGUAUGUAUGUGUCAAUCAAUUUAUCAGUCUGUUUUUCUUUCUGUCUAUUUACUAUUGUUAUAGUUAACCAGUCUGUCUGUUCAUUUAUCUACCUCUCUGUCUCUUUCUGUCUGUCUGUCAUUCUAUUAGUCUGUCUCUCUAUUGAUCUGUCUAUCUAUUUUUCUAUCUAUCUAGCUAUGUAGUUCUUUGUCCAUUUAUCUGUCUAGCUUCCUAUAUUGUAUGUAUAUAUUUUCUAUCCAUUUAUUUCCUCUUUGGCAUAUAACUUGCUCCUGUAUUUGCCCCUCUGUUUUCUCUAAUUCACACAAAUUAGACAUCUUCUUAUCUGUCCUUCUUGCUCAUUUUGUUGAUCAUAUGUCUAUUCUCUCCUCCAGUACCCUUGUUUACUGAUAGCUGUAAAUCCCUCACCACUGCUAGUAUUGCUAUAGUUUUCCCUUCUUGUAUAUUGAACUUUCCCCAUCAUCCCAAGUCCAGUCUCCUUACAACAGAGCUGUAUGCUGUUCUGUGCAUUUCCUCUCUUCCUUCCUCCUCUUUCACUCUUGUUGGACUUGUGUAACUCACAAGGUAUCAUACGGUUUGUCUGACUAACCCCUUUGUCUGUAAGAUGGAGAACUAUUUGUUCUAAUUUUGUAUGCACCAGAAGUCUGUCAGGUUUUGCUGGGUGCCUAGCCAUGUUGGGAUCCCCAGCAGUGAGCAGGCAAAUGCACUAGCAUGCUCUGUUGCCGUGUCCACAUCACACCAACCCCAUUUCUCAUGUAUUCCAGCCACUGAUCAUUAUCCUUACAUUAAGACUUUCUGGUUAGUUCUUCACACACCCUUGUCUCAUGUCACAUUCUGAGCCACCCUUGUGUUCCCUAUGCUGUGUUCCUCUUUCAGUUACAUACUUUCUGUUAUCCUGUCCACGGUUUACCUUUACCCGAGCUUUUCUGGAACCCUCAACCAGCUGAACUUCCUUUUUCCUUGGACAGCUUUUCCUUUCUCGGAUGCAUAGAUACCCCCCAUUUGAUAUCAUCUCCCUUAACCACCACCCAUCCCCCUUAUGCUAAUCCAUGCCUCCCCUUUAACCUCACCCCUCUACCCUUGUCAAUACAAUACUGUUCUAAAGUGUAACACAUUUAAUCAUUAAAUCAUUAAGUCACCCCUGCCUCUUGCUGUUUUUGCAGCUAUACCAUCCUGUGGUGAUACAUUACCUUUGAUGUCUAGCACAUUUGUUUAUGUUAAACCAUUAACCAAUAACCUUGUAUGUAUGUAUCUGUAUAUCUGAUCUAUCUUAUCUGUCUGUCUAUUUAUCUAUCUGCCUACAGACUGUAUAUAGUUCUAUAAGUUAUAUUUAUUCAUAUAUAUUUUCCUAUUCACUCAAUUUAGGAAGGAUGUAUGUUUGUGACUGAUCAGUUAUAAAAAAAAAUACAAAGCAUAGAGAAAGCUAGUGACCAAAGAACAUGAAAAAGAUUCAUAAAAAUACCACAAAAGGAAAAGGGAGGUUGAAUGUAAUUACAGAUAACAAAUAUCACCUGUGGUCUUAAUGCCAGAAUAGAAUCAUUAACUUUUAUUUAGCUUUAGAUUAUCGUAAUCUUUUCCUGCACUGUGAAACACGCUGCUGUGUUUAUACUAUGGUAGGAAACCUCACUAUACGCAAACUAAACUUUUAGAUCUUUAGUACAUGAAGAGCAAAUCCAGGAUGAUUCCAAAACUGGUGACUCACCUUUUCAUAAAACAAUUAUAGUGGCUUUUUCUACCAUAAUCUUAUCUAACAUAUGAGUGAAUUCCAAGAACUUCUGUAUUUUGUCAAAAAAAAAUUAUAUAUAUACAUAUAUGCCCCAUAUUCUAAAGCCUACUCCACCUUCCCUAGCCAAGGUUUCCAAGAAUGAUCAGUAAUUCCAUCUGUACCAUUUUGUUGAAGGGCAUGAGGACUUGAAAUGGGCAGCGCUAGUUUCUUCAUUUUGCUCAUUUUAUGCUUACCAGAAAUCCAUAUAGAUGACCAUUUUUCUGCACUUUUUAUCCAAUAUGCAAUUUCUUUACCUUUAUCUACAAAUUUAGGUGUAGGGAUGUUAGUUUCAAUGUAUAAGUUAUCACUGUUGAGACAUCCCUUUUUCACACAGAGUAAGACCUAGCCUGUUGUUAUGGCUUAAAACACAGUAAGAGGUAAUGAAAAAGAUGACAAAAGAUGUGAAUUAUUUUUUCUAUUUUGAAAGAGGUCUCAUAAUGGGAUGUCCAUAGUAUUGUCAGAGAACCAAGGCAGUCUAAAAAAAAAAAAAUGUUAUGGAAUCAGAAGGCAAAUUUUAUACCACCUUGCAAGUGAUUACAUAUAAAAGUAAAACCAAAGAUGGUCCACUAAAUUUCUACACAUUCAUUUCAGCAAUUUUUUUGGUACACUAGUUGAUAAUAUUCUAUGCAUUCUAAGAGAUAUGUACCAAAAUUGCUUGUCAUUUUCUUGUUUUACAUUCUCAUAUAUCCAAAGAAAAUAAUAGUUUUUACAGAAACUUUUAUUAUCCCAUACUUUACUUUUUUUAUUGAGGAGAAUGUCACAGUUUAAUGUUCCGAAUCUUUUUCAUGUAAAAUUCAGCUGGACUGUGAAGAAUUUUUCUCUUCUGGAUUUUAUACAAAUACACAAUUGUGGGUGAAAAUGAGACUUCAUGAAACUUGAGUCUUUUGUAGUGUUUUGAUACAUGUGUGGUUUGGAGUUUGAAUUAUAAAUUCCUGUAGAAAAACAAGAGCAAUGCAGUAAAUAAAUGUUCUUUAACA